AUUUAUUUAUUUUUAAAGUGAUAUCAUAAAAAUGUUAUCUUUUAAGGUUGGUUCUACUAUGUUCAGAAUUAUUAUAAGUGAUACAAUUUGUCGAGAAACUGGACGUAUUGGAAUUUUAACAAAACCCUUCUCCGCAUUAGUGAAACCUAAUCCUGACAAAUUAUAUAAAAAAAUAGAAAUUGAAGUAAGAGGAAAUGAUCCUGCAGUACUUAAAAGUUAUGGUCAAUUUACUGAAAUGACUGCAAACCAUUUAGGAAUUAAUAUGUUAAGAAAUACGACGCCAAGAAAACCUAUUCAUGAACGACUAACGGUAUUAAAGUCUGUACAUGUACAUAAAAAACAUCGCGUACAAUAUGAAACCAGAACUUAUUACAGAUUUAUGGAUUUUGUCAAACUGACUGGAUCAACUGCAGAUACUUUUUUAGAAUAUCUUCAAAGAAAUUUACCGGAAGGUGUAGCGAUGAAAGUUACAAAGGUUGAAUUACAAAAGUUACCAGAAUCUAUACAAACGCCACCGAUUGUUAUUUAAUUUUGUAUAAAUUAUUAAAGAUAUAUAACCACAGUGCAUAUACUAAAUGCGUUUUAAUUAAUUCAACAUUAGCGAUACACUUUCGUAGGAUAAAUUCAUCUGCAAAAAAUAAUCUUUAUUUUUAUUUUUAAUUAAUUAAUCAGAAAAUUAGAAAUAAUUCAUAAUCACUCGAUCAUUUCGGAUGAUAAAAAGUUCUCGCGGAAGAUUCAUCAUUUAAAAUCAAAAUCAAGAAAACACUAAUUACGAGUAUGUUUCUUAUAUUUAUCAUUUGUAACGAAAUGGAUCAAACAAUUUUUUCAGUAAUAAUUUCUUGAAAAAUAUAAUUAUAUAAAAAAAUAAAUAGUAUUUGAAGAUUGUAAGGAGAGAUACGUUUUGUUCACACCGAUACUUCACAAAUGUCAGACAACUGAAGAAUGUAGAAGAAAAAAUGUUAAGAUUCAUGUUCAAAAAAGAAAGGAAACUAGAUAGGGUGGUAUAGCCAGUUUAAGAUCAUUCUCUAUAUCUCUGGAGAUUUUAUUAUUCGAAUUUAUUUCACAAAUUUUUCAAAAGUAAGAUAAUUAAAGCUCAUAUUAACUUUCAUUAAAUGUAUUCAUUUUAGACAUUUCGUAUAUUCGCUUAUGUUUAAAUCAUCAUAAAUCGAGAAGAAAAGAUAAAAAUCUUUAUUUUUUUUAAUAUCAAUCUAAGUAAACCAGUUUCGUAUUAACACAUUGUUGACCGGCUAUUUUUUUAAGAAUUUAUCUCAUGUCAUCGGCUAUUACUUUGUAAUUUAAUUGAAAAGUAAAA